GCAUCGGCAUCGCCUGAGUGCAUUUCAGUUUAAUCGGUUCAAGUGAUUUUAAUUAAGAAUCUUUUGUUUUUAUUGGGUUUUGAUUCUUUGAAGUGACGUUAGAAGAAAAAGAAAUGGUUAAUCGGAUACGCCAAGGAAGUUUACUCCUUUCUGCUUUUUUCGCUGUGACAGUGAUGGGAUUGGACACGGACACUUAUUUUCCCGAGAGCAAAGGAAAUUUGACGAAAAUCACAUGGGCCCAUGCUGUUAAUAAUGCUUCAUAUUUGAAUGAAACACUACAAAACGCAACAAUUAAUAUGAUAGAAGCUGACGUAGUGCUAGGAACAGUGGGAAAGGACAAAACAGUGAUUCCGAUAAUGGCUCAUCCACCAGACAUUACGUCCGAUCUCUCUCUAGAAACUUUCCUGGAACUAGUCAACACAUCGAACAUAGUCAACAAUACCAAGCACGGUAUUAAACUUGAUUUCAAGUCUACCGAUGCCUUCCUAAAUUCUACAGCUUUUAUUAAGAAAUAUGAAAACGAAAGUUUCCCAAUCUGGCUGAACGCCGAUAUCCUGGAAGGUCCAAACACCAACGCCACUCCUGUCAACGACACCCAGUUCUUUGCCGCCGCUAAAGACUUCAAAACGGCAACAUUGUCAGUGGGAUGGACCACAGGAUACAACGAGACAAACAACACUGGUUCCUAUUCCGACGAUCAAAUAUCAAACAUGCUGAAUAGUAUUAAAACCAAUAACGUGUCUGAUCUCUCGUUCACAUUCCCUGUCAGGGCAGUUUACGCUGCAAACAGUACAGCAAAUUUGACAACAUUGUUAGAAGGAGUUUCUGGUUCUACGCUCACCAUCUGGUCAGGGGAAGAUGAUAAGGUCAACGUAACGAAUUUAAGAAGUUUGCUGGAAAAAGUUAAGUUAGGCAAGACUUAUAUUGAUGUUCCUGAGGCGCUUUUGAACGAAAUCCACUUGGAUACUAUAAGUUCAGCAAGCCUGAGCAGUCUUAGCUGGGUGACUAUGGGAGUGAUGCUUCUGUUUACUUUUAUUUUCAGAUUGUAAAGUUGUUUAAUUUAGAAGUUGAGUAUAAUAAAUAUUUUUAUUCGA